AGUGGUGGCAGAACAACUCCAAGUGGUACUAAGGGACGUGCCCGGAGUGGACAAAUCAUGCUAAUUGUGUGCGAGAGAGACCGAAAACUAAACCCAAAAUGAAGAGGGGAAGGCAAGUCUUGUCCAGAGUUCUCAGGGCUCCUGGUUUUGUGCAGUUAGCUUGCCUUUUUAUAAUCUACACAGAUCUGCUAGAGGGAGUCAAUAUUACCAGCCCAGGGCUUUUAAUUCAUGGUACGGUUGGUAAACCCGCCCUCCUCUCUGUGAGAUACACCAGCACCAGCAAUGACAAACCCGUGAUCAAGUGGCAAGUGAAGCGGGACAAGCCUGUUACUGUGGUGCAGUCUAUUGGCACGGGGAUUAUUGGGAACCUGCGCCCGGACUACAGGGACCGGAUUAAAAUCUUCGAGAAUGGCUCCUUGCUGAUCAAAGAGCUGCUGUUGUCUGAUGAGGGCACGUACGAGGUGGAGAUCUCCAUUACGGCCGACACCUUCACAGGGGAGAUUAACAUUAACCUUACAGUGGAUGUUCCAAUUACAAAGCCUCAUGUUGUCCUGGCUUCCUCCACCGUAUUGGAGCUGAGUGAGUAUUUCACGCUGAACUGUUCGCACGAGAAUGGCACCAAGCCUGCCUACACAUGGCUGAAGGAUGGCAAGCCGCUCAGCAACGACUCCCGCCUGAUCCUCUCCCAUGAUCAGAAGGUCCUCACCAUCACCCGAGUCCUCAUGUCUGACGACGACACGUACAGCUGUCUGGUAGAGAACCCCAUCAGCAGUGGGCGAAGCAUCCCCAUAAAACUGACGGUGUAUAGAAGGAGCUCUCUUUAUAUAAUCCUCUCCACAGGGGGGAUUUUUCUUCUAGUUACGUUAGUGACCGUCUGUGCCUGCUGGAAACCAUCCAAGAAGAACAAACGCAAACUGGAGAAGCAAAGUUCCUCUGAAUAUGUGGAUCAGAAUGAUGAGCAUUUAAAACAUGAAGUUGAGAUUGUUCCCCGAAGUGGAGAACACGAGCGGAAGAAUCCAGUGGCUUUGUACAUCUUGAAGGACAAAGAAUCUCCAGAAGCAGAAGAGGAAUCCCUUCCUGAUUCCAGAAAUGCCGUUGAACCAGCACCACCCAGUUACUCCAGCUCCCCACCUCCUCCUGGAAGAUCACCCGGACCGCCCGUUCGGUCCGCUCGCAGAUACCAUCGCUCCCCAGUCCGCUCCCCAACCACCUCCAGCACGCACAUAUCGCCUACCCGAUCCCCCACCCCAUCAGGACGCACCCCAAACACCACGCGCUUGGUGCGGACUGCUGGAGUUCAUAUCAUCCGAGAGCAGCAAGGCGAAGCCAGCCCGGUGGAAAUCAACGCUUGUGGGUAG